CCAACUCGUGCCUGCUUGCAUGACUUGUUAGCUGACUGUCAGUCGUCCAGUUCCUGCCAGUGUGUGAUCGUGGCGAUGCUGGAGUGGAGGGAUCGGGUGUUGUAUGUAAAUGAGUGUAUCAAAAACUGAACGAUCACCCGAGAAUUUCAGGGGACAUACUCACCUAAUGACAUCUGUGCAACUAACAUUUCCACGCUACAACGUUGCGAGCACUAGCGACGUUAAUCUGUCGAACUGAAAGUCAUCACUCAUCUGUUACCCUCAGAAGACAGACUGCCCUCUCCCGGCCAUGCUUGCUGUGUGUGCCCUGCUGCUGGUGGUCGCUCCUGUCUACUCCUCAGCAGACCCGGACACGCACAGACCCAGACAUGACACUAACCUGGAGAUCUAUAAGCGGCUGUUUGAAACGAAGAGGAAAGACCAGCUAAAUGCACUGAAGAAUCUCGUGGAGCUCAAUGACAUCAACCAGCAGUACAAGAUCAUUGACAUUAUGCUGAAGGGCCUGUUCAAGGUCUUGGAGGACUCUCGGGCCGUCCUUGUGGCAGCCAACUUGCAGCCAGAUGACCCUUUUCCCCUGGACGAUAAAAUCAAAGAGGCGUACUCCCAUGUGGUGGAGAACACUGCGUUUUUCGGGGAUGUGGCACUGCGCUUCCCGCGAAUCGUCCACCACUACUAUGACCGCAACUCUGACUGGGGCAGUCUCCUUCGCUGGGGCCUGAGCUUCUGCAACCUGACGGGGGUGUUCACCGGAGGCGCGCACCAGCACGUCCUCACACUGAUGUCACAGGAGCUGGGAAUAACAGAGAAGUCCCCAGACUUCACCAACCCCUACCGCACAGAGAGAGAUGAUAUGCUGCACACAGCAGAGGCCUUCCAGAAAGUUCUGAGGGAGGAGGAGAAGAGGAGGAGGAAGGAGGAGAAGAGGAAAGAGAUUAGGAAAGGCCCCCGGAUCUCUCGCUCCCGCACAGAACUCUAGCUUCUCGGCUCUGAAAGAGACAGAGCAAGUGUGUGAGAUGAGAGAGAGAUAGAGAAUGAGUUGAGAGAGGGAGGGAAUGAGUUGAAAGAGGGAGGGAGGGAGGGAGAGAGGGAGAAUGAGAGAAAGAGAGGGAAAUGUUAUAGCAAUGCAAAAAGACUAGCUCCCAUCCCACACGUGGUACCAGGCUCCAGGGCACAGUGCACAGUUGUUGUGAGAGUUGUGAGAGGCUGCAGAGGACGAGCAAGACUGUGCCUCAGGCACAGACAGGUAGAGAACUGCACCCGGGGCUCCAUCACUGUCUUGGUUCUCAAGGCUCCGCGCCUUUUGUGGGUUUUCAUCACAGCCAGCUUUUGUAUAAUGUCCUUCACCGACUUGUUUAAUUACUGUUGCCUGCCUAUGCCUUUACACCGAAACACACACUUGAGGACCAGCAAGGGUGUCGCGUUGGGAUGCUGUGAUCUGAGUGUGGAGUGUGUAGCUCAAACAUUUGUCAUUAAAACUGGCUGCUAUAAAGACCUGUAUACACAGAAGUCCUGGUGGCGGCCUGGAAAAUGACUCAACAUGCCCAGGAGGCAUUCCAUCGCACACGGUCUUCUGUAAGGGACGAGUGAAGAAUGGCUGCUUUCAGCUGUAUAAAUAGAUGAAUAUAUUUGAAGGGUCAGGUACUGUACGUCUAAGUAAUGUGUUGAGGUGAGGGAGAUCACAGGACUAUUAAAUACAUUUCAUUACCUCAUUUUUCCAUAACUCAAAUUUCCAGAUUGUCCAGAUUUACGAUAAUACCUGUUUUUUUUUCUCUCUCUCUCCGAGGGAAAUUAAUGUUAAAUUAAUAAUAAUAAAAAAAAUGUGAAGAUAUUUUAGCCUUUCACAUCCAGGGAUAUGUACACAGUGUUUUAUUUAUCAUUCAGAGUCUGUUUCUCUGGGGGAAAUGUUUUUCUACCAUUGUUAUUGGUAAUAAGAUGUAUGUUGCCCUCCUGUUAAAGUACCACAUUUUAAUUUCCCAUUCAUUUGAUAUAGAACAUUGGUAGCUGUUGGAUGUAGAGAUACAGUUUGCUCAGAAAAUUCAGGACCAGUUUGAUAUUUUGAUGUUUUUUGUAUCUGUUUUCUGCUGCCAUUAGCAAAAUAAAGGCAUUUUGCCAGCCAGGUUCAAAACAA